AACUGGGGAGAAAUCAUGGCCAACUGUCAACCGAGUUCCCAAUUUGAGGACCAGAGCCCCCAGCCCAGCUCCUCAGGGCACCCCUUGGAGGUGACUGUCAAUGAAGAAAGCCCAGGACCGUCGUCAGCCCCCUGGGCCAGUUCCUGCCCCCUGCCUCCGUGUCCCGGCUGGAAGAGGAAAUGGUCAGUGGCCUUCCAAGAGGAGGUGGAGGACAAGACGGCGGCUGAGGCUGAGGACACCUGGGUCGUGGAGUCGCUCUGCGGGCUCAAGAUGAAGUUGAAGAGACACCAGGUGUCUGUGGUGCUGCCUGAACACCAUGAGAUCUUCAAAAGGAUGCUCGAGGAUCCCGUCAUUAAGAGAUUCCUGGCCUGGGACAAAAACUUGAAAGUAUCUGACAAGUAUCUCCUGUCGAUGGUGAUCGCCUAUUUUAGCCGUGCUGGCCUCUUCUCCUGGCAGUACCAGAGGAUCCAUUUCUUCAUAGCUCUGUACCUGGCCAACGACAUGGAAGAGGAUUAUCAGGCCCCGAAACAGUCCAUCUUCCCAUUCCUCUAUGGGAAGAACCGUGCCCAGCGUCCCUCGUUCCACAGGCUGCGCUUCCAGUUCAUCCGUUCCAUGGGCUGGAAGACCUGGGUCACUCGAGAAGAGUGUGAAAAGAUCCAGGCUUUUGACCCGGAGCUCUGGGUGUGGGGUCGAGAUCGCGCCCUCUUGCCCUAGAGGCCCCAGGACCACGCAAGCCUGAGGUCAUCGGCCUGAGGAAAGAUCACGGAGCCCAGGGGAGAUGGCGGAUUUUCAAGAGGAAGUCAAUCCAGACCCUAAUGACAGCCUUGAGUACGGAGGAGAGAAGCCUCUUGUGCAGAUAAUCGGGAAGAGCCUGGCAUCUUCUAGAAUGAACUGAAGAGAGUAAUUGAGUCGUGCUCCCGGGAGCUGGGUGUGCUUCUAGGAGUCUGUGGCGGGACGAAAAGAAAUCAGGGUUUUUUCA